AUGUCAAAUAGAAAAAGAACAUGUGGUACCUGUGGGCACAUAAUUGCAAAACCUGUAGGAUAUACUGCAAAUAAUUUAUGCCUUCAUGUGAAUGGAAUUAAGGACUUUGAACAGCUCAUUGAAUUUAAGAAAUAUUUUUCACAUUUUAUUGAAUCUCGGUAUAAUAAGAUCCUUUCACUUAACGUCAUAGAAAUUUUUGAAAAAAUGAUUGAAGGUCAUAAUCAAUCAAAUGAUAUUGAAUAUAUCAAAUUAUGGUUAUUAGAGUUUAUCAACAAUUCACCUAGUUCUAUUAAAGAAAUACAAUUAUAUAAAUUUUUGAAAGACAAAUAUUUUGGUAUAAAUGAAAACUUUUUGAAGUUCUAUGAUAAUUAUGCAAAUAAUACUGAUAAUCCUCUCAAUAAAAAUCAAGUCUCAAGAGCAUUAACAGCUUUAGGUUUAAAAACAAUAAUAGCAAGAAAGAAAAAUAAUGGCAAAUGGUGUUCGAUUUUGCUUUAUGAUUUGUUUUAG